AUGGCGCCGAAAAGAGGUAGAGAGCAACCUCAAGCCCUCGCUCCGGAGGUCAUCGCGAAACGAACUCGACGUCACCUUGAUGAACUUGAGCUGUUUAUGCAAAUGAAGAGGUCGAAUUAUGCAGAGCCUACCCUGUUAGCUUCAGUCGAAGACACUGAAGGGGGUGGUUACUCGAAAGGUCGCGCAAGACAGACCAUAUCUGAUAAACGAAACCUCAACAUUCCUGGCACAUCCGCUGCUGCAAAGAAGAAAAAAUCCACAAUGAAUGUGCGGACAGCACUUCUAUACCGGAAGAAUUUUGCAACACUGCUUGAGGAAUCUAAUAUCACAAGCUCCCCGUCAAGUGUUCCUACAUACUUGAGAGCGUGUGCUCCCCCUUCAGCCUAUCCUCCGCGUAUGAUAUGCUCAGUGUCGGCGUUUGGUGUCGGUCACGUCGGUGAGGAGGGUUGCCCAGUACAUGACGCCUAA